AUGGUGCGCUAUUCCGCCGGUGGCGUCAAUGAGACGAAGAGCGCCAAGGCUGCGGGGCGCGACCUGCGUGUUCACUUCAAGAACACCCGGGAGACCGCCUUUUCCCUGCGCAAGAUGGACCUGGGCAAGGCCAAGGCUUACCUGAAGGCCGUGGUGGAGCGGAAGAGGUGCAUCCCCUUCCACCGCUACACCGGGUGCAUCGGCCGCACGGCGCAGGCCAAGAACGAGGGCAGCACGACCCGCCAGGGCCGCUGGCCUGUCAAGUCGUGCGAGUUCCUGCUCAACCUGCUGACCAACGCCGAGAGCAACGCUGAGACCAAGGGCCUGGACGUGGACUCCCUGUUCAUCAGCCACAUCCAGGUCAACAAGGCCAUGGCUCAGCGCCGCCGCACGUACCGCGCGCACGGCCGCAUCAACCCCUACAUGAGCAGCCCCUGCCACGUGGAGCUCAUCCUCAGCGAGAAGGAGCAGGCCGUCAAGGCCGAGGGGGAGGACAAGGGGCGCAAGCUGUCCAAGGUGCAGGCGGCCAAGAAGCUGCGCAGCGGCUCCAAGAGCGCCUAG